AUGCAAUCGGCCCAUAAAAUAUCGACUGCACUGCUCCACUUUUCUCCGCAGAACAAUACAACAAACCGUACCCAGCUAGCUUGGCAAACGGAUAUGAAAGCCGGUGGUGGAGUUGUGUUUGGAGUUCCACGCGCCGCCGCGUUUCCCGCAGCUCUCUUCAGGCGCCGACGAAUUUAUAUCCGGUGCUACUCUUCAUCUUUUCCUGAACACUCAUUGUUUAUCAAUGAUGUGGCCGCCUCACGGCCGCCGGAGCAUUUGAAUCAUCUUCUCAAAGUGCUUCAGCUUAGAGGCGAACAAAUUAUUUCUCCUGGAGCCAAGCAAGGGUUGCUUCCUCUUGUUGUCCCUCUAUCCCAGAAUAAUUCAGGUUCAGUAACUGCAUUGUUAAGAUGGCCAACUGCUCCCACUGGGAUGGAGAUGCCCGUAGUAGAGGUUCGCACAUAUGGAGUGUGGCUUUUGGCUAAGAAUGUCGAGCAGUAUAUCAACAGAAUAUUAGUAGAAGAAGAUGUCAAGAACACUAAAGAAAGAAAUGAUGAGCUGUUUCAUGUUUCAUCUGAUGCUGUGAUUAAGUUCUAUGAGAAGGGUGAUUUUGUUGCAUCUCAGUUGUCAAGCAUAGAGAGCUACCUUUUGAAGAAGGUGGGUUUAUUUCCAGACAUACUAGAACGCAAAGUUAAGCAGCAUUUUGACAAAGGAGACCAUGUUUCAGCUCUGGUGACCGGGGAAUUCUACACUAAGAGGGAGCACUUUCCAGGAUUUGGGCGUCCCUUUGUCUUUAACGCAGAAAUUUUGUUGAAAGUUGGACGAAAUGUAGAAGCCAAAGAUUCUGCAAGGGUGGCUUUGAAAUCACCUUGGUGGACGUUGGGAUGUGAGUAUAAGGAAGUUGCUGGUAUGGCUCAAUGGGAGGACGAGCAAAUUGAGUUCAUCAAAGAGAAAGUGACAGACGAGGGAAGGCAAGAAGAUCUGAAAAAGGGAAAAGAACCUGCUCAGAUUGCACUGGACGAAGCUGCCUUUUUAUUGGAUUUAGCUUCUGUUGAAGGGACUUGGGAUGCAUGCGUAGAGAGGGUUGCUGACUGUUACAGCGAGGCUGGGCUUCAUGAUAUUGCGAAAUUUGUUCUUUACAGAGACUAG